AUGGCCCUCUUCUUUCUCACUUCCUUUUAUGCAUAUGAUGUGGUCUUUUUUAGUGAAUGGACUCAUCUCAACGCUAAAAAUUUAUGCCGGUUGCUUAGAUACUUUUACUUAGCGUUGGGUUUGAAGGUGAACUUGGUGAAGUGUAGUCUUUUUGGGGAUGGGGGUGAUUAUGAUUUGGGUGAAAUGACGUCUAUUAUCCAUUGUAGAGUUGGCUCCUUUCCGUUCAACUAUUUGGGCCUACUAGUUGGGGCAAAUAGGAGUUGGAAGCCUAUUGUUAAUAAUUUCAAGAGUCGGUUGGCCAUUUGGAAGGCCAAACAACUCUCGUUUGGCGGCAAAAUUACCCUAAUAAAGUCGAUUCUAAAUUCGUUGCCCACAUACUUCUUUUCCUUGUAUAAAGCUCCCGUACAAGUUAUUGAAGACCCUGAAAGGUUGAAGGGGUCCUUUUUGAGGUGGAUCGAAAGAUGUCUAAAAAGUGAAAUGGGUCAUGUGGGAGAAGAUCAUUGCUCCUAUGGAAUCUGGGGGUUUGGGUUUUGGUUCGCUUCGAGACACAAAUUUGGCGUUGCUCUCCAAGUGGUGGUGGAGAUUUAA